ACUUGCAGGUGACAAAUAAAGAAGAUGGGGAGGGAGAGGGAGAGAGGGUUGGUGGCCACAGAGACCAAUCCGUGGAGGCGCUAAUAACAGAGUACUUGCCUGCGUAAACGAAGAAAAUACUCCAAAUAGAUAGCCGUCCCAAAAAAGGAAUCUAACAAAGUAGAUUAUAUAACAAAGCUAAAAAUUUAAAACAAAACAAAUGAAGAGAAGAGAAGAAUAUUAGUAAGAAGAAGAAGAAGAGUCGGAGAAGAAACAAGGCCACCACCCCUCUCUCUUCUGCAACACAGGUUCCCUCGAAUCUACUCCACAACUGAAGAAUGGAUACCACACCGCUACUCAGAAGAAAGAACAUCACCAGGCCGUCGGGGAUCACGAGCGAGGCGACGCGGUCGGAAGGGGAAGAAGAGCUGGAAAAUGAGAUAGAGGCGGAGCUGGAGAAUUCACCGGUGGAGCAGGUGGCGCUGACGGUGCCGGUGACGGACGACCCAACGCUGCCGGUGACGACAUUUAGGAUGUGGUUCCUGGGGGCGCUGUCGUGCGUGGUGCUGUCCUUCCUGAACCAGUUCUUCUGGUACAGGACGGAGCCGCUGAGCAUAUCGGCGGUGUCGGCACAGAUAGCGGUGGUGCCGCUGGGCCACCUGAUGGCGAGAACGCUGCCCGACCGCGUCUUCUUCAAAGGGAGGCCGUGGGAGUUCACCCUCAACCCGGGGCCCUUCAAUAUCAAGGAGCACGUCCUCAUCACCAUCUUCGCCAACUGCGGCGCCGGCACCGUCUACGCCAUCCACAUCGUCACCGUCAUCAAGGCCUUCUACCAGAAGCACAUCGGCUUCUUCGUCUCCUUCGUCGUCGUCCUGACCACCCAGAUUCUGGGCUUCGGUUGGGCGGGAAUAUUCCGGCGGUAUCUGGUGGAGCCCGCGUCGAUGUGGUGGCCGGCGAAUUUGGUUCAGGUCUCACUCUUUAGGGCUCUACAUGAAAAAGAAAAGCGACCACGAGGAUCAUUAUCAAGAAACCAAUUCUUCCUCGUGGCCUUCAUCUGCAGCUUCGCUUACUAUGUCGUUCCUGGUUACCUCUUCCCCAUGGUCACUUCCCUCUCUUGGCUAUGUUGGAUAUUUCCCAAGAGCGUUCUGUAUCAGCAACUGGGAUCAGGCCUAUAUGGACUGGGCAUUGGUGCAAUCGGCAUCGACUGGUCGACCAUCUCAUCCUACCUAGGCAGCCCUCUAGCCAGUCCCUGGUUUGCCACUGCCAAUAUUGCAGCAGGCUUUGUUCUUGUUAUGUAUAUAGUGACUCCACUCGCAUACUGGCUCAAUCUCUACAAAGCCAAGACCUUUCCCAUAUUCUCAGAUGAUCUCUUCACUGCUUCUGGCCAAGAGUACAACAUCUCCAGUAUAAUCACCUCCGAUUUCAAAUUAGAUCUUGCUGCAUAUGAAAGAGAGGGGCCCCUUUACCUUAGCACAUUCUUUGCCUUCACAUAUGGUGUUGGAUUUGCUUCACUAACUGCAACAGUUGUACAUGUUUCCCUCUUCCAUGGACGAGAAAUAUGGGAGCUAAGCAAAUCAGCUUUCCAAGAGAAGAAGAUAGACAUUCACACAAGGUUGAUGCGAAAGUAUAAGCAAGCACCAGAGUGGUGGUUCAUGAUCAUCCUUUUGAUCAAUGUGGGAGUCACUAUUUUUGCCUGUGAAUACUACAACGACCAACUUCAGCUGCCAUGGUGGGGCGUCCUGUUGGCUUGUACGCUUGCAAUUUUCUUCACUCUUCCCAUUGGCAUCAUUACUGCAACGACUAACCAGACACCAGGGCUUAACAUUAUAACGGAAUACAUAAUUGGCUAUUUAUACCCGGGUUAUCCAGUGGCCAACAUGUGCUUCAAGGUGUAUGGGUAUAUCAGCAUGACGCAGGCCAUCACAUUUCUGCAAGACUUCAAACUCGGCCACUACAUGAAGAUACCUCCUGUAACGAUGUUCAUGGCUCAGAUAGUCGGCACACUAAUUUCUGGGAUUGUAUACCUGGGUACAGCAUGGUGGCUUCUAGACUCCAUUACAGAUAUUUGUAACACAUCUCUCCUGCCUUCUAGCAGCCCUUGGACUUGCCCUAGUGACCGUGUCUUUUAUGACGCUUCUGUCAUAUGGGGCCUCAUAGGACCACGUCGUAUCUUUGGUGACCUCGGAAUAUAUGAAGCUAUCAACUGGUUCUUCUUAGCUGGCGCAAUUGCUCCUCUUCUUGUAUGGUGUGCACACAAAGCUUAUCCUGAUAAGGAAUGGAUUCGACUCAUCAACAUGCCUGUGCUCAUUGGGGCCACUGGGAUGAUGCCUCCAGCCACGGCUGUAAAUUACACUAGCUGGAUCAUUGUUGGCUUCAUCUUUGGCUUCCUGGUAUAUCGGUACCGGCGAGACUGGUGGCAGCGCAACAAUUAUGUACUCUCUGGUGCCCUUGAUGCUGGACUGGCAUUCAUGGGGGUAUUACUCUAUUUGUGCUUAGGGCUGGAGGACAUUAGUCUAAACUGGUGGGGCAGUGAUCUCGAUGGCUGUUCCCUUGCUACUUGCCCCACAGCAAAAGGUGUUUAUGUUGAGGGAUGCCCAGUGUUCAAGUGAAUAAUGAUCAAGUGCUCAAACUGCAAUAUCAGGAAAUGAGAGGACUUUUGUCAAACCAGAACUCUCAAAGUGAUGUCGCCAAAAGAACAGGUUUUUCUGUAUGGAAUAUUGUAUGGGUCAUAGAAGCAGUUAGAAAAGCUAAAUUACAUGAAAAGGAUUGUACAUAAAAAAUUUUAUGUAUUAACUAGUGAACAGAUACAA